AUGGCGAUCCAAUGGGCGUUGCUGAUUUCGCGGCAAGGCAAGGUGCGCUUGUCGAAGUGGUACGGCACCAUGAGUCAGAAGAGCAAGUCGAAAAUCGUCAAGGACGUCACGCAGCUCGUUCUCGCGCGCAGGUCCCGCAUGUGCAACUUUAUUGAGUACAAAGACUCGAAGAUUGUGUACCGGCGGUAUGCGUCGCUGUUCUUUGUGACUGGUAUCGCGCCGGACGACAAUGAGCUGAUUGCGCUCGAGGUGAUUCACCGCUACGUCGAGAUUCUCGACCGCUACUUUGGCAAUGUGUGCGAGCUGGAUCUCAUCUUCAACUUCCAAAAGGCCUACCAGAUUUUCGACGAGCUCAUUAUCGCCGGCGAGCUGCAAGAAACCAGUAAAAAGUCCGUGCUGCGUGUCGUGACGCAAGGCGACGGCAUCGAGGACGCCGAGCAAGGCGAAGAAGGCCUUGCGCGGAUCGGCAGCCGGUCCGGAUAG